AUGCCUUCGCAGACUGAGCCCAAUAUCUCGCCGACCCCCGCCCGGGCACGAGGCCCGCCCCUUCUCCUCCCCGCCACCGUCACCCCCGCACCCACCCAUGUCGCGCGCCUCCUCCUCCUCCUCCUCCUGACCCCGACGUUCUCGACCGACACCGUCCUUACCACGCUUUCUCUCCCCACCUUCACCACCACCACCUUCACCCGGCCCGGAGCACAGCCCACCGCCGCGACUUCGCCCUCCCAGCCCCGCUCGACCGUGCCCGUCGCGGCCAUCGCAGCUGGCACCACAGCGGGCGUCCUUCUCGCUCUCGUUGCCGUCGUCGGCUGGACCUGGUGGGGCAGAUGCAUAAAGCGCAAAGCGGCUAAGCAGCGCAAGGAGACACUCGCGUUUCUCCAAGUGCGGGAGAACACCCGCAAAAACGCGUCCACCUCUUCGCGCCCCGACGCUCGCUAUACGCCCAUCGCGACGCGAGACCGCAACGGGCGCAAGGUCACCUUCGCCUCCUCGCCCCCCGCGUCGUCCUCCCAGUCGACGCUCUGGGGAGCGGUGGACGCGAAACCCGUCCGCUCCGACGCGGAGAAACUGCCCCGUGCGACGCCGAGAAGCCGUCCGCCCACGCCCCCUGCCCAUCUCGCGAAGGCGUUCUACGCCCCAGAGAAGAGCCCCCCGCCGCCGUUACCCCGGUGGAACCCUGGGCGCGAGCCUGCACCCAUCCCGCCCGUGCCGCCGAUUCCGCCAUCGGAGGACGCCUCUCGCCCGCCCCACGGCCUGACGCACCAAGCGUCCACCCUCAGCUCCGGUUCCGUGUAUUCCACACAGAGCGCGAUGGAGGAAAGGAGGGCGGGCGUACCGUCGAGCCUGCUCGAGGCGCUGACCAGCGAGGACACGAGACGGUCUCUGCUGGCCAACUACCUCCCGUGGAACCGGUAUCGAAACUCGAUAGGGUCCAACAACCGCCUGUCGGAGUACAGCACUGGGUCGAUCUACUCGCAGUACGGCGACUAUCCUUGGGAGUCUAUGGGCUUCGCUUACGGCGGAGACGAUGAGCAACCCAGACGGUGA